AUGGUUGUUUUUCCAUUCUUUAAGGGUUCUGCCACACCGCCCACUUUGAUCAAGGUAAUAAGAAGUUUCCUUGGGAAUGUCGGUUUCUAUAGGCGAUUUAUAAAGGAAUUCUCUAAAAUUGCUAAUCCCUUAUGUAAACUACUUGAAAAUGAUCACCUCUUUGUAUUGCUUUAUGAUUGCACGUUAGCAUUUGAGGAGUUGAAGAGACUGGUGACUGCACCAAUUAUUGUUGCACCCGACUGGGAGCAACCUUUUGAGCUAAUGUAUGAUGCGAGUGACUAUGCUAUAGGAGCAGUUUUGGGGCAGCGAAAGGACAAAAUUGUGCAUCUAAUCUACUAUGCAAGUUCAAAAGUGAUUGUUUAUACUGACCAUGCAAAAAUUAGGUACCUGAAAGCGAAGAAGGAGUCCAAGCCACGCUUGAUCUAUUGGGUCCUUUUGCUACAAGAGUUCGAUUUGGAGAUCCACAAUAGGAAAGGAACAGAGAACCAAGUGGCAGACCACCUUUCAAGGUUGGAGGGAGCUGAAAAGAAAGUAAAGGUUGAAGACAUAACUGAGACAUUCCCGGAUGAACAAUUACUAGCAGUGACAAUGGAGGAGAUAUAUUGUUGGCACUUUGGAGGAAUUAGGACAACUGCAAAAGUGUUGGAGUUGGGUUUGUAUUGGAAGACUCUAUUCAGGGAUGCCCAUGACUGGGUGAAAAGUUGUGAUAAAAGCCAAAGAACCGGCAAUAUAUCUCUCCAUCAUGAGAUGCUGAUGACUACAAUUCAAGAGGUGGAAGUGUUUGACGUAUGGGGGAUUGAUUUUUUGGGACCAUUUAUCAGCUCGUAUGGUAACAAGUACAUAUUGGUAGCAUUUGACUAUGUCUCCAAAUGGAUUGAAGUUGUGGCUCUUCUAACAAAUGAUGCAAAAGGAGUAAUAGGAUUUUCAAGGAAAAAUAUUUUCACACGAUUUGGCACUCCGAGAACUAUAAUCAGUGAUAGUGGAACUUAUUUCUGUAAUAGAGCUUUUGCAAGGCUACUAGAAAAGUAUGGAGUUCCCCAUAAGGUUGCCACGCCUUACCACCUGCAAAUGAGCGGGCAAGUGGAAGUGUCCAACAGGGAAAUCAAAAGUGUCCUAACCAAGACAGUGAAUGCGACUCGGACUGAUUGGACAAGGAAGUUGGAUGAUACAUUAUGGGCUUACCGUACAUCAUUUAAAACUCCAAUAUUUAUGUCUCCGUAA